AUGAGCACCAACGAGAACGGUGCAUCAGACGCGAGCGAGGAGGAAACACGGCGAUCUUCACUGAUCCGUUCCAGCGCUUUUGGCCCCUCUCAUCUCUUCGCUCCUCCGCCAACGCAGAGCGUACCGUCAGCGCCAUCGCAGCAUCCCGGGACGCCGUCAUUUCCACAAGCGGGAUCAGCACCGAAUCCCGAAACUGCUGCGCUUUACCAAAUGUUGCAGUUAAUGCAACAACAAAUGUCCCAGCAGCAGCAAAUGAUGGCACAAAUGAUGCAAAUGCACACGACACAGCGUAACCCGGAAUCCCAGCAUCAGCAGCAGCCGCUUAGCCCGCAGCAGCCCGAGCUCAUCAUGGAAGCCUUGGCGCGCAGCUUAAUAGAGUUUCGGUACGAGGCCGAAUCCAACGUAACGUUUGAAGCAUGGUAUGCCCGUUACGAGGAUUUAUUUAAGCAGGACGCCUCCCGACUCGACGAUGCGGCUAAAGUUCGCCUGCUACUAAGGAAGCUAGGAACGAUGGAACACUCUCGCUAUUCCAAUUACAUCCUGCCCCGUCUUCCGCGCGACGUGUCUUUCGAGGAAACAGUGUGUAUCCUGAAGUCGCUGUUUGGAUCCUUCGAAUCCAUCGUUAGCAAGCGUUACCAGUGUAUGCAGCUAGCAAAAACGCGCUCGGAGGAUAUUCUAGCGUUCAUUUGCCGCGUGAACCGUUCAUGCGUCGAUUUUCAGUUUUCAUCGAUGAACGAGGACCAGUUCAAGUGCUUGAUAUUAGUAUGUGGGCUGAAGGAUGAAACUGAUGCAGAAAUCCGCACAAGGCUUCUCGCGCGAGUGGAAGAGAGAAAUGAUGUCACGCUAGACGAACUAGCAGCCGAGUGUCGGCGUAUAAAACAUUUAAAAGGGGACAGCGUAAUGAUUGGUGCAAAAUCAAGUGACCAAGUUCUGGCCGUUCAUAGAGGAUCUUUGCAAACGAAGCCUUCACACCAUCACAGAGCCACUGUGCAACAGCGAAAGCCUCCGCAACGAAAACCGAACGAACCAACGGUGUCGGGUAAACCAUCUCGGCCGUGUUGGUUAUGCGGUGACCUUCAUUGGUGUUUGGGUCAGCCGCCGUUAAACGCCGCAAGUGUCUGCGCAAAGACCGCAUCUGGUGAUGCACUACAGCUCGAUGGGGAAUUCGAAGCGGAAAUCACGCUCGCUGGCAAAAGAAUGAACGCUACAGUCCGGGUUGCUCCAGCCGACGUGAAGCUGUUCGGCGCCGAUCUGAUCGAGCUUUUCGAUCUCGGUUCCAUACCCAUGGACGCGUUCUGCAGCGUGAUAGGGUCCGAACCCUUUGUGAAGAAGCCCGAAACCGAAUACGGCAUCGCCAGCCUCGAACUAGAAAACGACAGACGUUGA